UUGGACAUGUAUUUCCUUGGAAAUACAAUUUCCUAGGAAAUGGCCAAAUAUUGUUGUGUUUGGUUGACUAAAAAUAUGAAAAGCAUAGGAACUCAGAUUUCCAAGGGAAUUACAAUUUCCCUCGGAACACCGGAAAUAACUCACCCACCCCCCCCACGGUGAGUUACAUUUCCUGUGUCUAUUUUUGCUGUGAAAUGACAACCAUGCCCUUGAUUAUUUUCGCAAAGGCGCGCUUUUCCCCGCCUUCAUUAUUUCAUUACGAAGGUUUGCACCCAAUAAGGUAACAACCCACACUCCAUUUUACAUGCAAUCUCCAAUACUUUGAUCUUGCAUUCUCCAUCUUUUCCUUCUCGUCAUCUCACAAGCAAGGUACUACGAAAAAAAAAAAUGGAGACUGUAACUUCAUCUCAUUUUAUAUCUAGCUGUUCAAAUACUAGUAUGGCGAAUUCGGAUCCGAAAUUAACAUUGAUAAACAACGGGUUGAAGAACAAUCAAAUGAUGCCAACUCACAGUGGAUUAAGAUCAUUGAAGAAUAAUUUGGAUAUGCUUAAAUUAAGAAAUAAUGCGAAAAAUUCUAGUGAAGAGCUAAGAAAAGAAAGCUCUCCUAUAUCUGUUAUAAGUUGUGGGAUGAAGUUGGUGUUUGUUGGAGCAGAAGUUGCACCAUGGAGUAAAACUGGUGGUCUUGGUGACGUGCUUGGAGGUCUUCCCCCUGCAUUGGCGGCUAGGGGACACCGUGUGAUGACAGUUUCUCCUCGCUAUGAUCAGUAUAGAGAUGGUUGGGAUACUAGUGUUCAAGUUGAGCUAAAAGUUGGAGAUAGGAUUGAAACAGUGCGUUACUUUCACACCUACAAGCGAGGGGUUGACCGUGUUUUUGUUGAUCAUCCAAUUUUCCUAGCAAGGGUGUGGGGGAUAACUGGAUCCAAACUCUAUGGUCCAAAGGCUGGAGAGGAUUAUGAAGAUAACCAACUUCGAUUUAGCUUGUUAAGCCAGGCAGCUUUGGAGGCACCAAGAGUUCUGAAUCUCAACAACAACCCACAGUACUCUGGACCAUACGGUGAAGAUGUUGUUUUCAUUGCCAAUGAUUGGCAUACUGCUCUUCUCCCAUGCUACCUUAAGAGUGUAUACCAGCCAAGAGGUAUCUACAGAAAUGCUAAGGUUGCUUUCUGCAUUCACAAUAUGGUAUAUCAAGGAAGAUUUUCCGUGUCAGAUUAUCCCCGUCUUAAUCUCCCUCAAGAGUUAAAGCCACUAUUCGAUUUUGUGGACGGGUAUGAUAAACCUGUAAAAGGAAGGAAAAUCAACUGGAUGAAAGCGGGUAUUUUAGAAUCAGACCGCGUAGUAACUGUGAGUCCCAACUACGCGCAAGAGGUUGUAUCGGGUGUUGAGAGAGGUGUGGAGCUCGAUAAUGUAGUUCGGAUGACUGGAAUUACUGGCAUAGUAAAUGGCAUGGAUGUACAAGAAUGGAAUCCUACUACUGACAAGUACAUUGGUACCAAUUAUGAUAUAACAACUGCUGUUAAUGCGAAGCAUCUUAUAAAGGAAGCACUUCAAGCAGAAGUUGGUUUACCUGUGGAUAGAAAUAUCCCUUUGAUUGGUUUUAUAGGCAGGCUUGAAGAGCAGAAAGGUUCAGACAUUCUUGCAGAAGCAAUUCCUCAUUUCAUCAAAGAAAAUGUGCAGAUUAUUGUUCUUGGGACAGGAAAGAGAAGUAUGGAGAAUCAGAUAGAACAGCUAGAAGCUCUCUACCCAGAAAAGGCGAGAGGAGUAACGAAAUUCAACGUGCCCUUAGCUCAUAUGAUCAUAGCAGGAGCCGAUUUCAUGCUGGUUCCUAGCAGAUUUGAGCCCUGUGGGCUUAUUCAACUCUUUGCAAUGCGUUAUGGAACGGUUCCUGUGGUGGCAUCAACUGGUGGACUUGUCGAUACUGUAAGGGAAGGUUAUACCGGAUUCCACAUGGGCCGUUUCAGUGCAAAUUGUGACAUGGUAGAUCCUGCUGAUCUAGCAGCUGUUGUAACAACGGUGAAGAGGGCGCUAGCGACCUAUGGAACUCCGGCAUUGAGAGAGAUGAUCUCAAACUGUAUGGCACAAGAUUUCUCAUGGAAGGAACCUGCAAAGAAAUGGGAGAAUCUGCUGCUUAGUCUGGAGGUUGCUGGUAGUAGACCAGGAAUCGAAGGCAUUGAAAUCACUCCUCUUGCUAGGGAGAACAUUGCCACUCCUUAAGUACAUGGAUGAUCAAAGAAUGAUAUGCAACUCCUAUGGAAUAAUAUGGUUGAUAUUUUGUACUAUAGUUUGCCUAAAAAUUUAUACAUAAUGUAAUGAUGCCUUGCAAAAAGGCUGUUUCUAAAGCCUUCUUGUGUUAUUCAUGUUUGUUUGAUGCUUGAUAUUGUCAAUAAAAUAAAAUUUGAAUUAUAAAUUAUUAUAUAUUUGUGUUUAUACCAUAUUGAAUACUAAUAUGAUAUUACUUCCUAUUUUUUUUACUUGUACCAAA